AUGGCAAUCCCAAAACCUCAGCAACCCCUUCAGCUUUGUCCUCAAAACCUCGAACAACAGAGGCAAGAACGCAUAAUGUGCAAGCUAAGAGACGCCGUUUUGGCACGUGCGGGGGCUGCCAGAGCCACCAACGUCGCCGUCGUUGAACGCCGCAUCCAGCAGCUCAUCCCUAGUUUCUACACUCCCUCUCAUCCUCCUUAUGCCUUGAUGAUACAGAGGGCAAUAGAGGAGUUGAAUGAGGAAGGAGGGGUGAGUGGGGUUAACAUAUCAGAAUUUAUCAAAAAGGAAUAUGAGGAUUUGCCAUGGGCGCAUGAGGGUAUGUUGAGGCUUCAUUUGAAGAAGCAAUGUGAGAUGGGGGUGCUUGUGUUGGAUGGUGGGAGGUACAAUUUUAAUUUGGUUAAGGAUGGUGAUGAUGUGGGUUCUGUUGAUGUUGAGACAGUAUCGAGGAGGAAAAGGCGGCCGGGGAAGGGUAGAAGAGGCCGGGAUAGAUGGCGUGGCAGGGAAGAAGGGAAGCUGAAUAAUGAAGCAUUUGAAGAAGAGGAAAUUGAAGGAGGAGAAGGCCAGAAUGAGAGGCCAAGCAUGGAUGAGGUGGAGAAGGCAGUACUAGCAUAUGUAAAAUUGCAUAACCAGGGAGAAGCAAAGAAAGAUGAGAUGAUACGGAAACCUAUUCAAGCAGAGGUGGGUGAAGAUGAAGUAGUAAAACACAAUAAUCAAAGAGAAGAACAACAGAGUGGAGAGGAGCCACAAUCUCAGCGACAAACAGCAGGCAAAGAAAAACGGCGUCCAGGGAGACCUAAAGCUAAUAAAGUUAUGGCAUUGGUGCCCUAUGUUCCUGAGGAGCAGCCACCAAGGCGUCGAGGGAGAUCAAAAGCUAAAAAUGAUAUGGAUUUAGGUACGAAUGCUGAAUUACCGUGUGAUGUUGAACCUCUUAAUGAGAAGCAGCCUCAGAGGCAUCGAGGGAAGUCUAGAGCUAUAUAUGAUACGGAGGCAAGUACUACUAGUGAAGUACCUUGUGCUCUUGAAAAUCCACACGCUGAGCAGCCACUGAAGCGACGAAGCCCUGGGAGACCUCCUAAACCAAAGCCACAUACAGAAACCACCCUGACAGUUCUAUCAAGCUCAGAUAUUCAGCAUCACUCUAAGCCUAAGCAACAGCAGCCCCCAAACCAAGCAACUAACAUGAGGUUCUCUAAACCGAAGCGAGGCAGAGGAAAUCUCGAACCCUCAGAAACUGAUAUGCUGCAGCUGCAAUCACACAGUCGAGAAUGA